GCUCUUUCUUUUCCGGCCGCCCAGCCAAGGCAGAAUGAAGGAGACGAGUGGGGACGGUGAGGCCCGGGAGGCUGAUGAUGAGCUGGCAGAGGUGGAGGAGCCUGAGGAAGGCUUCAGCGACCCCGAAGGCUUCGAGGAUGAUAUCUCCGACGAGGAGCUGCUGGGUGAUAUUUUAAAGGACCAGCCUCAAGAAGCUGAUGGUAUAGACUCCGUUAUCGUUGUGGAUAAUGUACCACAAGUUGGACCAGAUCGACUGGAGAAACUCCGAAAUGUCAUCCAGAAGAUAUUUUCUAAGUUUGGGAAAAUCACAAAUGAAUUUUACCCAGAGUCCGACGGAAAGACAAAAGGGUACAUUUUCCUGGAAUACAAUUCACCAGCUUGUGCUAUUGAUGCUGUGAAAAAUGCAGAUGGAUACAAGUUAGAUAAGCAGCAUACUUUCCGUGUCAACCUCUUCACUGAUUUUGAUAAAUACAUGACCAUCAGUGACGAUUGGGAAAUUCCACCGAAACAGCCAUUCAAAGAUUUUGGGAAUCUCCGAUACUGGUUGGAGGACCCAGACUGUCGAGAUCAGUGCAGCAUUAUCUAUGAAUCUGGAGAUAGAACAGCUAUUUUGUGGAAUGACAUAAAAGAACCAGUUGUCAUUGAAGAACGGGCACGUUGGACAGAAACAUAUGUUCGGUGGUCGCCCAAAGGCACUUACUUAGCAACAUUCCAUCAGCGUGGUAUUGCUCUUUGGGGUGGGGAGAAAUUCAAACAGAUUCAGCGUUUCAGUCACCAAGGUGUCCAGCUAAUUGAUUUCUCACCAUGUGAAAGAUAUAUGGUGUCAUUUAGCCCUUUAAUGGAUACAAAAGAUGAUCCUCAAGCCAUUAUCAUUUGGGAUGUGUUAACAGGCCAGAAGAAGCGAGGAUUCCAUUGUGAGAGUUCUGCUCAUUGGCCAAUAUUCAAAUGGAGCCAUGAUGGGAAAUUUUUUGCACGAAUGACACAAGACACACUUAGUAUUUAUGAAACACCUGUGAGUAUUUCUGUUAAUUGGGAGAAUCUUAAAAUGAAAACUUUUGCGUUUAUGUUAGAGGGUAUUAUCGCUUUUGCUUGGGAACCAAAUGGAAGUAAAUUUGCUGUGCUACAUGGAGAGACACCCAGAAUAUCAGUAUCUUUCUACCAUGUAAAGAAUAAUGGCAAGAUUGAACUCAUCAAAAUGUUUGAUAAGCAGCAAGCUAACAGUAUCUUUUGGAGUCCACAAGGACAAUUUGUGGUAUUGGCUGGUUUAAGGAGCAUGAAUGGUGCUUUGGCAUUUUACGACACAUCAGAUUGCACGCUGAUGAAUGUAGCUGAGCAUUAUAUGGCUUCUGAUGUUGAAUGGGACCCAACAGGACGAUAUGUAGUAACUUCAGUGUCAUGGUGGAGUCACAAGGUGGAUAAUGCAUACUGGAUGUGGACUUUCCAAGGACGUCUCCUACAGAAAAAUACCAAGGAUCGCUUCUGCCAACUACUGUGGAGACCAAGACCACCAACCCUGCUCUCACAGGAUCAGCUCAAGCAAAUCAAAAAAGAUUACAAGAAAUACUCGAAAAUAUUUGAACAGAAAGAUCGUUUAAGUCAGUCCAAGGCCUCCAAGGAAUUGGUAGAUAAGCGACGCAAGAUGAUGGAAGAAUUCCAUAAAUAUCGUGAGAAGGCCAUGCAGAUUUAUGCAGAGCAGAAACCCAAACGCCUGGAGCUACGAGGAGGUGUAGACACUGAUGAGCUGGAUAGUAAUGUUGACGAUUGGGAAGAAGAGACCGUUGAAUUUUUUGUCACAGAAGAAAUUAUCCCUGUUGGAGAUCAGGAGUAGUCUCAUAACACAGUGCCACCAUAUCUUCAGUUGAAGCUGAUUUCUCUUUCGUCACCUGGAACUUGAUCUCUACAUUUUGGAAGUUGAAUGCGUUCCACUCUUGCAAAAAUCAUCACAGUGCCUUUAACUAUAUCAGUUCUGCAGUGGUGAUAAAGACACUGCCUCCACUCUUAACAAAUGUGAAUACAUUUCACUAAAUAGCAGCAGCUCUGCAGUUUACUUUGUGCUACUGUCACUGAUCACUGUGGAUGCUGUCUGUGGUUGGUGUAAGUAUAUUACUGAGGCACUCAAAGUUUCCUGUAGCCAUGGGCUAUUUUCAAAUCCAUGGUAAAUUAACACAGCAUUUUGUAAGGAGGAAUAUUCAAAACAUAAUAAGGGUUAAUACAUAUUUUAAUGUGCAAUUACUGCACUACAAUGGACUGUAUCCUCCUCCAUUCAGGUUAUACUUGACUUCAAAUGGGAUAAAAUAAAGCUUAGUAACAUUGA